GUGCAACAUGUGAAUUUUAUUAGUCGCAUCUAACAAUCUGGGUUUUACUACAUACUCGUCGAGGAAACUGGGUCUCGACUGACUAGUGGUCUUGGGGCCAUUGCCUAUUCACUUUUACAUGAUUCAUUGAAGUUAAACUUUAUAAAAACCAACACUUUGCGUCGAUUUACAUCCACAAAUUAGAAUUUUUUAUGCAAAAUUUGUGUCCUUUAAAACGCAAACGAAAAGAGGAAGAAGUCAAGGAACAACCUAGUAAGCAUUGUACAUGGUGGUUUAACCUCCGUUCGCUUUUGGCAAAAUCCUUUCUAAUCAUCCGAAAAAACUUGAUAUCGGUUUGCCUUGUGUGGCUUUAGUGUGCUAAGUGUUUAGUGCAAGUUUUGGUUAGUUUGUGUAAUAGGUGUAGGUCCCGCUGUUUUUGUCUUCCGCACCGGUUGAAGGUCGGAUGGGCCCGGAUGGUCGUCCGUGGCGGAAGCCGGGGAAGCCGUUUCUUUGCUAACGGUCAAAGUACUUUUUUGUAAGCUCUGAACAAAUUAAGAAAAUGUUAACAACCUUGGAGGAUGGUGGAAUAGUCUAGAUCCUUUUCUUACGAAGGCAUCCUUUAGGAAAUAUGAAUAUUACCAAUAUUUGUAUGCUGGUCGAAUGACCUUAUGUGGCUGUGGUCAGGAAGAAGAAGAAGAACCUAUUUUUUAUUGUAUGUCAUUGUGAAGUAAUUUUAAAGAUUUUUCCGAUUUUUUUAUAUCAGAUAAAUACAAAGCGAAGUACAAAUUAUAUUAGUGUCGUUAGUGUUGAGGUUGUGGUUAUAAUGGAGAAUAGUUUGUAGUGAUAAAAUUUAAGCCUUCAAGUGCCUUUAAUUCGAUAUAUUGAGUGAUUACAAAAUGCAAUGUGCCUAUAAUGAGUAUAUGGUCGAUCUAUGUCUCGAGGGUGCCACGAAGACAAAUCACAACGUAACCUCAGAAAAGUUCGAAAUUGGGUGCGAAAUCAACAAAUUUGUCAAAUCAUUCAUUGAUAGAACUUAAUCGUCCAAGGCUAUGACGGAAAGGCAGAAAACUGUACACGAACUCGCCCAUAAAGGAGAUUUCGACUCCGUAUCGAAACAGUUAGAAUCUGACCCAUCUUUACUCACAUCGAAAGAUUCGAACGAAAGAUUGCUAAUACAUUGGGCAGCACUAAGCGGAAACUUGAAACUGGUCUCUCAUUUAGUGGAACUUGAAAGUCCUAUUGAUCCGCUUGAUGAUACAGAGUCUACGCCUCUCAUACUGGCCAGCUCUGCAGGUCAUGCACCGAUUGUUGGUUUGUUAUUAGAUAAAGGGGCCAAGGUUAAUCAGCAGUCGAUUUACGGUCAUUCUGCUUUACAAUAUGCCGCGUCCAAAGGCUGGUUGCAAAUUUGCAUGAAAUUGCUCGAUUAUGGGGCUGAUAUCAAUAUUACUGACCAGCGAGGAAGCAGCCCAUUACAUCGAGCGGCUUCCAAAGGCAAUUUGGAAAUUGUUAAAUUUUUGUUAGAACAUCACAACGUCUUAGACAUCAAUGGCAGAGAUGCCUAUGGCAACACUCCUUUGCAUUUGGCUUGUGAAGAAGACAGACAAGAAGAGGCGAUAUUGUUAGUCGAAAAUGGUGCCGACUUGGAGCUGCGCAACAAAGAUAAAUUGACCCCUUUGGAUCUUUGCUCCUCAAAGUUGGCCAAAUUGUUAAAGAGCAAAAUAAAUAAAUAAAUUAGUAA